AUGUCCACCCCGCGCUUCUCCCCCACCACUACAACCGUCGUCUUCGUCCUCGGCGGCCCCGGCAGCGGCAAAGGCACGCAGUCUGCCAACCUCGUCCGCGACUACGGCUUUACUCACCUGUCAGCUGGAGACCUGCUCCGCGCCGAGCAAGUCCGCGAAGGGAGCCAAGCCGGCGAGCUCAUCCGCACCUACAUCCGCGAGGGCAAGAUUGUGCCCAUGGAGAUCACCGUCAAGCUGCUGUCCGACGCCAUGGCCGAGACCCUGGUCGCUGGCACAAACCCGGCCGCCAAUGCAGGCAGCAAGCCUCGCUUCCUGGUGGACGGCUUCCCGCGCAAGCUCGACCAGGCAGUCUUCUUCGAGGACACGGUCUGCCCCUCCGAGAUGACCCUCUUCCUCGACUGCCCCGAGGAGGUGAUGGAGGCCCGCCUCCUCAAGCGUGGCGAGACCAGCGGUCGCGACGAUGAUAACGCCGAGAGCAUCCGCAAGCGCUUCCGUACCUUUGUCGAAACGAGUAUGCCCGUCGUCGAGGCCUUUGCGGCCCAGGGUAAGGUGGUCUCCGUGAAAGCUACCGGCGAUGUCGGAGACGUCUAUAAGAGGAUUCGGGCGGGCCUCCUCGAGAAGGGUCUGAACCCCCUGUGA